AUGGCCGAGCGGCACGGGCCGGCGGCGAGCGGCGGCGGGGAAGUUGGCGGCGGGCGGCGGGCGGGCGGCGGCGGCCCGUGCCCGCGGCUGCCGCCGCCGCCGCCGCCGCUGCUGCUGCUGCUGCUGUGGGCGGCGGCGCUGCCGGCCGGGGGACAGCCGCCGGCGCCGCAGUACAACGGCGAGCGGGGUAUCUCCAUCCCGGACCACGGCUACUGCCAGCCCAUCUCCAUCCCGCUCUGCACCGACAUCGCCUACAACCAGACCAUCAUGCCCAACCUGCUGGGCCACACCAACCAGGAGGACGCGGGGCUCGAGGUGCACCAGUUCUACCCGCUGGUGAAGGUGCAGUGCUCGGCCGAGCUCAAGUUCUUCCUCUGCUCCAUGUACGCCCCGGUGUGCACCGUGCUGGAGCAGGCCCUGCCGCCCUGCCGCUCCCUCUGCGAGCGGGCCCGCCAGGGCUGCGAGGCCCUCAUGAACAAGUUCGGCUUCCAGUGGCCCGACACGCUGCGCUGCGAGAAGUUCCCGGUGCACGGGGCCGGCGAGCUCUGCGUGGGGCAAAACGCCUCCGAGCGUGGCACCCCCACACCCGCCCUGCGCCCCGAGAGCUGGACCAGCAACCCCCACCGUGGGGGCACCGGCGGCGGCCCCGGGGGCUCGGGGCCCGGUGAGCCCCGGGGGCGCUUCUCCUGCCCACGGGCGCUGAAGGUGCCCUCCUACCUGAACUACCGCUUCCUGGGGGAGAAGGACUGCGGGGCGCCCUGUGAACCUGGCCGCCUCUACGGGCUCAUGUACUUCGGGCCUGAGGAGCUGCGCUUCUCCCGCACCUGGAUCGGCAUCUGGUCGGUGCUCUGCUGCGCCUCCACCCUCUUCACUGUCCUCACCUACCUGGUGGACAUGAAGCGGUUCAGCUACCCCGAGCGGCCCAUCAUCUUCCUCUCGGGCUGCUACACGGCAGUGGCCGUGGCCUACAUUGCCGGCUUCCUCCUAGAGGAGAGGGUGGUCUGCAACGAGCGCUUCGCAGAGGACGGCUCCCGCACCGUGGCGCAGGGCACGAAGCGGGAGGGCUGCACCAUCCUCUUCAUGAUGCUCUACUUCUUCGGCAUGGCCAGCUCCAUCUGGUGGGUCAUCCUCUCCCUCACCUGGUUCCUGGCUGCUGGCAUGAAGUGGGGCCAUGAGGCCAUCGAGGCCAACUCCCAGUACUUCCACCUGGCUGCCUGGGCCGUGCCAGCCAUCAAGACCAUCACCAUCCUGGCCCUGGGGCAGGUGGACGGGGACGUCCUCAGCGGCGUCUGCUUUGUGGGCAUCAACAACGUGGAUGCCCUGCGGGGCUUCGUGCUGGCCCCCUUGUUCGUCUACCUGUUUAUCGGCACCUCCUUCUUGCUGGCCGGCUUCGUGUCCCUCUUCAGGAUCCGGACCAUCAUGAAGCAUGAUGGCACCAAGACGGAAAAACUGGAGAAGCUUAUGGUGAGGAUAGGCAUCUUCAGCGUCCUCUACACGGUGCCAGCCACCAUCGUCAUUGCCUGCUAUUUUUACGAGCAAGCUUUUAGGGAACAGUGGGAAAGGAGCUGGGUCACGCAGAGCUGUAAGAGCUACGCCAUCCCCUGCCCCAACAACCACAGCAGCCACCACCCACCCAUGAGCCCCGACUUCACCGUCUUCAUGAUCAAGUAUCUCAUGACCUUAAUUGUGGGCAUCACCUCGGGCUUCUGGAUCUGGUCUGGGAAAACCCUAAACUCCUGGAGGAAGUUUUACACCAGGCUCACCAACAGCAAGCAGGGCGAGACCACCGUCUGAGACACCCGCCCGCCCGCGCUCUGCCUUGGGAAGCAGCUCCUUAUCCAGCCUGGGCAAACUUUGGGGACCGCGAGUCACUUCCGCAGGCGGCAGGGAGCGGAGGACGAGCCAGGUGGGGACCCCUGCGCCUGGGACCGCCCGGCUCUGCCCUCCCCGCUCCUCUCGGGCUGUCUCCUGUAGGAACUGAACGCACUGUCAGGUUGGGGGAGAGGGAUGUAAAUAGCCUCUGUAAGAUUUUGUAAGUAUAUUUGUAUUUAAAUUACAAAAAUCUCACUUUUUUAAUUAUUUAGGACACUUUUAACCCGUUUGCGGAUUUUGCUUCCUCACCCCCCUCUUUUUUUUUAAUUUAAAAAAGAAGGCGUUGGAUUUUUAUUUCGUAGGGCAGGAUGGGAAGAACUGCCGGUAAGCGCAACCAAAACAACCCCCUUUCUUCUCCCCCACACAGGUUUUGUAGUGGCUUUGCUUGGAGUUUCAGUUGCACGAGCAGCAGGGCCCGGAGUGAGGCUGCUGCCGCUGCCGGGGGCGC